UGCUGAUUGUGAUUGCACACACACACACACUCACACACACACACACACACACUCACACAAGCACACACAGGAGCGUAGCUGAGCGGCAAGGACUGCAGCAGCAUGCACCAUCCGCGGCUGAGCUGUUCGGGGGAACGAGGCAGAGGAACAGAGGAGAGAAAUUAGUGUGCUAUUUUCACACCAGCCUGUGUGUGCAUCUUUUCAGCACCGGGGAUGAUGCAUUUCAAGAGCAGAUAGCUUAUGUUAUCCGGCCUCCUCUGCACUGACUCUGCAUCCCAUUCACCCUGCUCCUCCCACUCCAACUCUUCCUCCUCCUCCUGUCUAAAGCAUCGUUAGACAGGACUACAGAUUGACCGGGACUGGAGAGUGGUGGAUGGUCAGGUUUUGCCCCGGCUGAAAGAUUCUUCUAUGGCUAUGCUACAUUUACACCUCCACUAAUGGCUGGAUUCUAAUUGACAUUUGGAGCUUGAAGAUACCCCACAGCCCUCAAGGAAUCUUGGAUGUGUGUCAUUCUUUACCAGUGUUGUCAUUGGCGCAUUUCCUCUAUUUCACUGCUUGCUUUUGCCUUCUCUGAGACUGGCUAGCAGGCACUGCAGCAUCAGGACCGCAAGACCCAUGAAGAGGUAGGGCAUGAGGACCCAGGGGCGACCCAGCGGAAGGGCUUGAGUGCUUCCAUUGCUACCACUGCUGCUGAGGUGCUUAUCUUGAUUUUUUUUUUUCCUCCAGAAAAGGGUGUCUGGUGGGGGUUGGGGAGGGUGGUGACAGCACAGGUACCCAGGCCCCUGCGGGUGGCUCUUGCGUAGAGGCGCAGGCAGGACGUCCUGUGGGAAAGGGGUGAAGAAGGGCUGGCUCAAGUGUUGGGCUCCUGAUGGUGGCUAUUUUUGUCUCCCUUAGCUGAGUGAUUGGGACAGCGGGUGGAAGAGAAGAUGCUUAUGGCCCGAGACACGGCGCGGGAUGAGGCUCAAAAGCUACACAGGAAGUGGCUGAAGCACCAGGCCUUUAUGGCAGAGCUGGCCCGCAAUAAAGAAUGGCUGGCCAAGAUAGAACAGGAGGGUCAGGAGCUGAUCCAGGAGAAGCCGGAGCUGCGUCCGGUGGUCCAGCAGAAGCUGGAGGAGAUCAGAGAGUGCUGGUCCGACCUGGAGAGCACCACCAAGGCCAAGGCCCGCCAGCUCUUUGAAAACAACAAGCCUGAGCCGGCGGUGAAGAGCUACUCAGACCUCGACAACCAACUCUCCCACCUGGAGCAGCAGCCCCCUCAGCUGGAGCAGGCGCACCACCUGCCCACCUUCAAUGAGCAGCUGCAGAAGUUUCAGGCUAUGGAGUCUCAGAUAGGGGACUUUUACAAGGAUGUGGGGGAGCUGGGAAGCUUGCAGGGGGUCUGCCUACCCCAGCGAGGCCUGAUGGCAGGUGACAAGGGAGGCGGCGAGCAGUCAGGCAUGGUGGAGACGCGCAUCGUCCGCCUCAUUGAGCCCCUGAAGGAGAGACGCCGCAUCCUGCUGGCUUCCAAAGAGAUGCACCAAGUCGCCCAGGACCUGGAGGAUGAGAUACUGUGGAUUCAGGAGAGGCUUCCCCUGGCCUCCUGUAAGGAUUAUGGGAAUAACCUCCAGAGUGUACAGCAGCAUGUAAAGAAGAACCAGACACUCCAGAGGGAUCUGACCGGGCGCCGGGCUCGUGUAGAGGAGGUUCUGGAUCGGGCGGGCAUCAUCGCUUCACUGAGGACUCCUGAGGUGGAGUUUGUACGUGAAGGCGCGAGUCACGUGCGCCAGCUGUGGGAAGUUCUGCAGCUGGAGACGGAGAGGAGGUCUGUGAUGCUGGACGCCAUGCUGCAGUCUCAGCAGUACUACAGCGAGGCAGCUAAAGUGGAGUCCUGGCUGUCAGGUCAGAAGCUCUAUCUCGUCAGUGAGGAAAAAGGCACGGAUGAGGCGAGCACCCUGCAGCUGCUGAAGGCCCACCUGGCUCUGGAGCAAACAGUGGAGACAUAUGCAGAGACAGUCGGCAUGUUAUCCCAGCAAUGCCAGCGUCUACUGGAAAUGGGACAUCCAGACAGUGAGCACAUCACCAAGCAGCAGUCCCACAUAGAUCGGCUGUACGUGUCUCUGAAGGACAUGGUAGAGCACAGGAAGACCAAACUGGAGCAGCAGUACUGGCUCUAUCAGCUCAACAAGGAUGUAGAGGAGUUAGAGAGGUGGAUCACUGAGCGCGAGGCGGUGGCCAGUUCCACCGAGCUGGGCCACGACCUCGAGGACGUCACGGUGCUUCAGGAGACGUUCACCAAGUUUGCCUCCGAAACCAACAACAUCGGGCAGCAGCGCAUGGAGCAGGUGAACAAAAUGGUGAACGAGAUGAUCGACUGUGGCCACUCGGACGCGGCCACCAUCGCUGAGUGGAAGGAUGGACUAAAUGAGUCGUGGGCGGACCUCCUGGAGCUGAUGGAGACCCGCAGACAGAUGCUGGCAGCUUCGCACCAGCUGCACAAGUUCUUCACCGACUGCAAAGAGGUCUUGGCUCAGAUCGCAGGGAAGAUGAAGCAGUUGCCAGAGGUGAGGGCAUGCCAGGCCAACAUCACCAAUCCAGCCACCCUGCAGAGACUCAUGCACUCCUUUGAGCAUGCCCUUCAACUGCUAGUAGCACAGGUGAGGCAGCUCCAGGAGAACGCCGCCCAGCUGAGGACUAUCUAUGCUGGUGAGAAGGCUGAGGCCAUCAUGGUCAAAGAGCAGGAGGUGAUGGAGGCGUGGAAGGAGCUGCUGAGCUCCUGCGGGGCUAGUCGCGUCCAGGUUACUUCAGUGACCGAUAAGGUGCAGUUCUUCUCGGUAGUGCGUGAAAACCUGAUGUGGAUGGAAGGCAUCAUGGGCCAGAUAGGAUGGGAUGAGCCCAGGGAUUUGACAGCUCUGGAGGUGAUGAUAAAACAACACAUGGAGCUGAAAGCCAAAAUAGACGGCCGGAGCAAGACCAUACAGCAGUGUGCGGAUCUGGGCAAGAUCCUGAUAGCUGCAGGAAACCCUGCAUCAGAAGAGAUAAAAGAGAAGCUGGACAGUCUUCUGUCUAAGCAGAAGGAUCUUGUUGAAAAAUGGGACAAGCACCAGGAAAGGUUACAGCGCAAGCAGGAAUACUUCCAGUUUGCCCAGGAGACGGUGAGGGCGGAAGCCUGGCUAAAAGCCAAGGAGCCGCUGAUCACCUCCAAGCAGCCAGAAGGAGGAGAGGCCCCGGCCCAAACAGACGAGGCUGAGCAGCUCAUCCUCCGCCACGAGGCCUUCCGCAAGGCUGCUGUAACCUGGAAAGAACGCUUCAGCUCCCUCCGCCAGCUUUCCGCAGCUGAGAAGAAGAAAGAGGAGGAGAAAAAGACAACCCCACUGUCCAGCAGAAGGAUGUUCCCAUUAUCUUGUCUGACUCCAAACGUUGCCUCAACCAGUGCUACCUCACCUUUCUUGAGGCAGACGGUACUGGCACAUAUAGAACCCAAACCCUUACAGUCCUGUCUGGAUAUGGGUGCCACUCCGGCCACCCAGAGAUUGUCCUCAACGCUAGCCAACUACAACCCAGUCAUAAAUGGAUCAGGCUACCACGGUCAUGAACAGCAGUCCAGUGGGAAGUUGAUGAGCUCCCCGUACCUUGGGAUGAACCACCAGGCAGCUGGAGGUGGAAGUGACUCCGGUUUCUCUGCAUUGACCUCCCAUAGUGGUGGAGCAGACACUUCUACUUACCUUGGAAUAAACCAUCAAACUGUUGGCAGUGCAGAAAGCUCUGGGUAUUUUGGACUGACUGCUGGGUGUGUGGGUAGUAUCCAAAACCAUUUUAGCAGUGGCAGAUUAGGGAGUUCGGGUAAUUUAGCUCAGCAGCCAAGUAGUGGAGGUUUAGGAAACCCUGGAUUACUCGCUCAACAGAAUAUGGGCAGUUCUGGAUAUUUGGCCCAAACACAAAAUAUGGGAAGUCCUGUAUACUUAGGACAACAGCCUAAUUUAGGGAGUUCAGGAUAUUUGGCACAACAGCCUAAUACGGGGAGUUCAGGAUAUUUGGCACAACAGCCUAAUACGGGGAGUUCUGGGUAUUUGGCCCAGCAGCCUAACAUGGGGAGUUCUGGGUACUUGGUGCAACAGCCUAAUAUGGGGAGUUCUGGAUACAUACCGCAGAAUUAUCCGAGCAGUGGGGGAUUUGGUAGCUCAGGCUUUCUGGCACAAAAUCAGUACAGCAGUGGAAGUCUGGGCAGUUCCAAUUACCUAGCUCAGAGUGGCGGCAUCAUGGACCCUAAAAUGGCAUACGCAUGGCAGCACCUUAAAGCUGACUUCAUGCAGCCCAGGAUCAACCACAUCCACAAGGCUGUAAACCCCCUCCUAGAAGCCAGCAGAGUGCAGCGGGAACAGUACGGUGACAUCCCAAUGGCAGACAUGAUGGGACCGGAGUCUGGGCUGGAGCUCCUCCAUGGCCGUCUCCAGAGGGAUCCCCGCGGUAGUCGCUCUGACCCUCAGAUGGACCAUCUGAGGCGAGAGAGGGAGUACAAGCUGGGUAGACAGACCUCCAGUGAACAGGAGAUCCAGGCCAGGCUAAACGAGUUGCCAAUGAUUGUGCGUCAGGAGCGCUACAGGAGACGCCUGGAGAGACAGUCGUCCAGUGAACAGGAGGGAAGCGGCAAGCCGAGGCUGCAGAGGCAGGACUCUAGUGACCUGGAGGGCUCCAUUAAAGAUGGCUCUGACAAGCGCUCAGGGGAGAAGAGAAAUACCAUGGCAGAGAUUGUAGAACAGGUCCAGGAGAGAGAGGCAGCAUCUGCACGGGGAGACCCCUAUCGGCCUCCUAGCAGCCUUUCAGCACCAGUGACUCGUUUUGACGGACGUCCUCGUGCCCGUGACCGUCCAAAACCAAGGAGGAGGCCCCGUCCAAAAGAGCCUGAGGAGACACGACGUUCUCGCUCAGCCCCAGCAACUGGAGCCCCAACGACACCCCAGCCACCCUCACACAAUGCCCACAAUGAAGGCUUCCUCUAUCGCAAAAAGACCAACAGCUCUGACCUAGAAGCUCAGCAGAGGAGCCCCAACAGUAAGUCCUGGGUGAAUGUAUACUGUGUGCUGAAAGAGGGACAGCUGACCUUCUACAAGGAUGCCAGGAACCACAACACAACGUACAAUGGAGAGCCUCCCGUCGAGCUUAGUAACUGCUCAUUUGAUCCUUCAAUGGGAUACAAGAAGAAGAAAAAUGUUUUCCUUCUUCAAAUAAACGAUGGACACUUCUUUGUAUUCCAUGCAAAGGAUGAGGAGGACCUGAAGGCGUGGACUUCAAACCUCACCACGGGUAUAUCUGACCAUGAGCACAUGGCCAAGUGGGACAAGCCUGGCACCUCGUCCAUGGACCCUGACCACUCGGAGAGGAAGGAGAAGUCGGAGGGAGACGCGGAUGCCAGGUCAGAGAGGUCAGAGCUCGCUGAGGGGGAGGAGAGGUCCGAGAAGGAGAGGUCAGAGAAGGGGGAUGGCUCUGAGAAGUUAGACACGUCAGAAAUCGCUGACAAGCUGGAGGGCGGGGCAGGGGGCUCCAGCACGUCUGGAAAAAGCAAAUGAGGAGCCACUUUGUGUUUUCAUUUUACUCACUGACUAAAGGCGUAGGAGGCGGUGGGUGGGAGGGAUGGAUGGAUGGAGAGCAUGUGCAGCUAUAGGUUUGCAGAUCCUCAGUCAUAGAGCCGGAACACACUGAGGCCACAGUCCUUGGACUGACUACUGUAACUGUGACAGACUCAUCUCUCAGCCCCUCCCCUUCACCCAGGCAAUACAUCAGUGCUUGCAUUGCGCCACCUGCUGGUAGACAGCAGGUUGGCCCAGACAGACACAGACAGACAGACUGACUGACUCCAGCAAGUGGUCCCAGGAAUUAGUCACUGUCAUGUCCCAUUGUUGAUCGUUUAAUCUUUUGGAUUCACAGCAUCCUUCUGUAUGUAUCUUUGACUGAUAAUGUAAUGCUCUGUCUAUCUAGACAAACCCAAGAAGUGGUGAAUGAAAUGUUCCACGAUAUUAAAAAAGAAAAAAAGAAAAAAAGAUUUUUGAAGCAAUAUACUUUUUUAUUUCUUCUCUUUGUUAGAGAGAGAAAAUGGGAAAGGAAACAAGAAAUAGUUGCAACUCUAUGAUUUGUCACUUCCACUUAAGCUUAUGCCAGGCAGUUGUGCACCUUAGACACCUGACACAUCUGUAUACUAAUCAUAAAGACAUUUAAUCCCAUCACAUGGCUAGCUUUCAAUCCUGUUAGUAUUAUGGAAUGUUGGUGUUACCCACCUGACUUCAUCAGUGUCAACAAACACACAUUUCUACGGUUUAAUAUGAGUUAUUUUUAUUAAUAUUAUUAUUAUAUUAUUAUUAUUAUUAGUUCAUAACUAUCCAUGUCAAGAAAAGAGCUUUUCAUCAGAUUCUAAUCCAUUGACCUGAGUUGUGUGGUUCCAAGUGGCAAUGCUCAAAGUAACACUAAGCCUAUGUGACACAAUGCCUUUGUAUACAUGACAAAAAUCUGAACAUUGCAUGAAAUAAUCUGUUAGUGCACCUGUUAAAACUUGCCUUUGUUUUUAUGUUCUUGAACUACGUUGGGCAGUAUUGGAAUUGCAAUAAUUCAAUGUGAGAGGGGGGAGUAACUGUAUUUUGCUAUCACGGGGCCACGGUAAGUCCGACAAAGUGGGCGGUCCCCAUCCAUAGUGCGCAUGAGAACGAAG